AUGGCCAACUCGCAGGCCACCAGUCACGAGGUUGACAUGCUUGGGCUACAUGAUCAAGCAAGGGAGAGGGAAGUUGACUCUGCCCCUCCGCAGCCUGCAGAGCCAUGGACCUUCGUGAAGAACGCCACCUCCUACCCUCCUAUGUGCUCCCAAGAUGCCGUGUCAGCCCAGGUGCUCUCAGAGCUCUUUACCAACAGUAAGGAGAACAUUCCUCUCAAGAUCUCCGAAGACUGCCUUUACCUAAACAUCUACACUCCCGCAGACUUGAAGAGGAAGAGCAGGCUGCCGGUGAUGGUGUGGAUCCACGGAGGAGGUCUGGUGGUGGGCGGGGCAUCAACCUAUAACGGGCUGGCCCUCUCUGCCCAUGAAAACGUGGUGGUGGUGAUCAUUCAGUACCGCCUGGGCAUCUGGGGAUUCUUCAGCACAGGGGAUGAACACAGCCGGGGCAACUGGGGUCACUUAGACCAGCUGGCCGCGCUGCGCUGGGUCCAGGAGAACAUUGCCAACUUUGGAGGGGACCCAGGCUCUGUGACCAUCUUCGGAGAGUCUGCGGGAGCUGAAAGUGUCUCUGUUCUUUUUCUGCAGCAAAUCGCUACCUUUGCCGGCUGUCAAACCACCACCUCGGCGGUCAUGGUGCACUGCCUGCGCCAGAAGUCGGAGGAUGAGCUCCUGGAGACGUCGCUGAAGAUGAAUUUUUUCCGUCUUGAUUUACAUGGAGACCCCCGAGAGAGCCAGCCCUUCCUGUCCUCUGUGGUUGAUGGAGUGCUGCUGCCAAAGAUGCCGGAGGAGCUUCUAGCUGAAAAACAGCUCAACACCGUUCCGUACAUCGUCGGAAUCAACCACCAAGAAUUCGGAUGGAUUCUUCCAGUGAUGAUGGGUUACCCGAUCUCUGAAGGCAAGCUGGACCAGAAGACGGCCUCGUCACUCUUAUGGCAGUCCUUCUCUUUCACUGUAAGUGUCUAGGGAAUUCCCCAGAUGGGCUGAGACCCAAGGAGGGACGGGAUUGCUCCAGGUCACUGAGCAAUUAAAUGGCAGAAUGAA